AUGACUUCAGUCGAGCGCUCGCCGCCCUCUCACAGCCCACCGGGCCCGGAUGCCAAACGGCCCAGGGGCAUCCUCAAAAACCCUUCCUUCAACACCCCUCACUCUCCCGACGAGGCUCGAAAGGAGGUUACCCUCGCAAACACCCAGAUCAACGCCGGACACCGACGGUCGUCUUCCGGAGCGGGCUCCCGCCGCCACUCCUCCAACAGCAUCACCGACCCGUCUGAUUCGGCCCAGCGUCUCAAGUGGGAUGAGGCCAACCUGUACCUGACGGAGCAGGAGCGCACCUCGACUAUGAAAAUCACCGAACCAAAGACUCCCUAUGCGAAACACUACGACCCGACAGAAGACCCCUCCGACGACGAAGAAGAGGCACAGGGCGGCCUGGACGGUGUUCCUUCUGGUCGCAAGAAUCAACGUGCUGGUGCUGAAGACGACAUUCCGGGCCUAUCGCUGGGCGAACCAGAGGAAGAAAUCCCGGAGAGACCGCCGCCGGCGUCGCGCAGCUCCAGCGAAAAGACGGUCCAUGUGGACAAGGAGAGCGUCACCCCUUCCGCCGAAGAGGAGGUUGUGGGGCUCUCCCCCGAAGAAAGGGAGAAGCACCGCAAGUUCGAGGAGAUGCGGAAGAAGCACUAUGAGAUGAAGAGCGUAGCCCACAUUCUGGGACAUCCGGAGGCGAUCCCAGAUGACGAGGAUGAGGACGAUGACGAUGAUGAUGACAAUGAGGGAGAGAACGGAGUCCCGCCUGUUCCCCCCUUGCCUGCAAAUUUUGUCAAUGGGUCAGCGUAG